GAAGCCGCUGCCCCUGCAGGACGGGGGCUGGUGUCGCUAUGGGUUCCACCGCAGCCACAGAGGGAGCCCUGGGCUAUGUUCGAGAGUUCACUCGCCAUUCCUCCGACGUACUUGGCAAUCUGAAUGAGCUGCGCCUGCGCGGAAUACUCACUGACGUCACGCUGCUGGUUGGCGGGCAACCCCUCCGAGCACAUAAGGCGGUUCUUAUCGCCUGCAGUGGCUUCUUCUAUUCAAUUUUCCGGGGCCGUGUGGGAGUAGGAGUGGACGUGCUUUCUCUACCUGGGGGCCCCGAAGCUGGAGGCUUUGCACCUCUUCUGGAUUUCAUGUACACUUCGCGCCUGCGCCUCUCUCCAGCCACAGCCCCAGCAGUCCUUGCAGCUGCCACAUACUUGCAGAUGGAACAUGUGGUCCAGGCAUGCCACCGUUUCAUCCAGGCUAGCUAUGAACCUCUGGGCAUCUCCCUGCGUCCGCUGGAGGCAGAGGCUCCAACACCACCAACGGCCCGGCCACCAGGCAGUCCCAGGCGCUCCGAAGGCCACCCAGAUCCACCUACUGAGUCUCGAAGCUGCAGUCAAGGUCCCCCCAGUCCAGCCAGCCCAGACCCCAAGGCCUGCAACUGGAAAAAGUACAAGUUCAUCGUACUAAACUCCCAGGCCUCUCAAGCAGGGAGCCUGGUGGGAGAGAGAAGUUCUGGUCAACCUUGCCCCCAAGCCCGGCUCCCCAGUGGAGAUGAGGCUUCUAGUAGCAACAGCAGCAGUGAAGAAGGACCCAUUCCCGGUUCCCAGAGCAGGCUUUCUCCAGUUGCUGCCACCAUACAGUUCCAAUCUGGGACUCCAGCUCAAACCCCCCAUCUCACACCCCAGACUCAAGAGACCAUUGGAUCACCCUCUGAGCAGGCUCAUCAACCUCCAGGAAGGGAUUUUUUUAGUUGCCAGAAUUGUGAGACUCUGACUAGGUGCUCAUCGGGGCUGGACCACUUGGCUCCUGGGGAGGAGGACAAGCCCUACAAGUGUCAGCUCUGCCUCUCUGCCUUCCGUUACAAGGGCAACCUCGCCAGUCACCGCACUGUGCACACAGGAGAGAAGCCCUAUCACUGCUCCAUCUGCGGAGCCCGCUUUAACCGGCCUGCGAACCUGAAGACACACAGCCGCAUCCACUCAGGCGAGAAGCCCUAUAAGUGUGAGACGUGUGGUUCACGCUUUGUCCAGGUAGCACAUCUGCGUGCUCACGUGCUGAUCCACACUGGGGAGAAACCCUAUCCUUGCCCCACCUGCGGGACUCGGUUCCGCCACCUCCAAACCCUGAAGAGCCACGUUCGCAUCCACACGGGAGAGAAACCUUACCACUGCGACCCCUGUGACCUGCAUUUCCGGCACAAGAGUCAACUACGACUGCAUCUGCGCCAAAAACACGGAGCUGCCACCAACACCAAAGUGCACUACCACAUUCUGGGGGGUCCCUAGCUGAGGUGGGCCCAGACCCCACUCACCUCCUGGGAGCCAGGAUGCUGCGGGCUCAGGCCUGGCUUCUCCCAGGUCACACUUGGGCAUAGGAGUGUGCAAAGCCCCAACCAACGGUAUUUGAAACUGCUACCACGUUUGUUUCUCACUGGGAAGAGCUGGGGUGGCAGGUCCUAGUUAGACCUGCCUCUGUUUUGCUGGCCAAAACCUCUUCUCCACAAUCAAAAUUGUCUCUGAAGAGAGAGCAAGCUAGGGAAGAGGAGAGACUGGAGACUUGGUUGCCUUGGGGAACAGCCCUAACCCAAACCCCAUCUCAUUCAGUUUAUGUGUAAAUAUAAUUUAUUGAGGCCUUUGGGAAGCACCAGGGCCUUCAUUCUAUUGCAUUUCCCACUUCCCUCUUUCAUCAGUG